CAGCCUCGGUCUAGUUCCUUCACUUGCAUCAAGAACGGUCCCGGAAUGUCUCAGGAAAAGCUCUCAAUCUACCCUGGUCCUGCACCAAAAGUCAUUCUGGUCGAGGAGCCCAACCCCCUCGUCCCCCAUGUCAAGGUAGCAAGAGAAGCUGUCAGUGAUAUCUUGGGAGAUGCUCGGGUUCAGGUCGACCGCGGAGUCGACAAGUGGGUCAAGUUUGAGCGACGAGUUGAGCGUGAAGUCAAGUCGGUCAUUCCCAAGGACGAGCCUCUGACCCCUGGGAUCCUUUACGUCGGUGUCGCCGGACUUGCUGGAUCCGUCUUGGCUCGAAACAGGAACAUUCUGCUUCGUCUGACACUCCCUCCUCUCCUCUUCGUCUCGGCUGCUCCUUACUUCCUGCCCAAAACUUCCCGCAAUGUCCGACAAUACCUCUCAAACGUCGAGGACGCCCAUUUCCCCGAAUUGGCCGCUCAGCACAACGAAAUCAACCGACAACUCUCCUCGACAUUCUCCUCUGCCAUGUACCGCGCCGAACACCUCACUGAGGACGCACGAGGGCUCGGAAGCAAGAUCACCCAUUCGAUCGAGGACUCGACGGGUUUGAAGCUAGGAGACGCUCUCGGUCGUGCGAGCCACGUCAAGUCGGACGUCAUGCACGAGAUUGAGAAGAGGCGGGCUGCGGAACAGGUCAAGACAGCAGCUGCUGUCCAGGAAGUCGGAACGGCUCAGGUGAAACCGAUCGGUAUCAUCACGGAGGAAAUCCCUGUGGCCGAAGUCGUUGCCAUCAAGGAAGCCCCAGCUCAACCGACCCCGGUUUUGGGACAAAAGAAGCUUGUAUAGAUCGCCUGAAUGCAUGAGAGAUUGAACAACUAUAUGUGGAUACUACA